UUAUUGGAAGGAAAAUAAAUAAGCUCUACAAAUAUGCAUGCAAGCAGCAAGUGAUUACUUGUGCCAGUUACGUCCAGUUUGAGCGUGGUCUAAAAAUAGAACAGGAAGGGAAAAGUUAUCCAGGAAAGGCUUCACUGUAUACACGGCAGUUGUGUCCGGGGGUUGUGUGGGUUUGAACACUCCAUGAAGGUUUCGACACUCCAUGAAGGUUUGGACACAGCACAUCCUCAGGUAUGUCUGUCCCGCCGCCGCGGUGUACCUGGUGGCCACGCAGGUGUGCAGCAGCUUCCUUAAGGCCGGUGAGGCCGAGCGCCAUCCGGGGUGGGGCGGCACGGGGCCCUACACUCCGUCCUGCCGCGCCCUCUUCACCAUCACAGACGUCGCCCGUCGCCAGGCAGCCAACGUCAGCCUCUUUAUACACGACCUUCAAGGGUAUUCGCCUCCUCACAAGCUCAGUGGAGACUGGAGGGCGCGGGCACCCCCCGGCCCAGGCACCAGACCGGGCUCCGGCAGCUUUUCCGCGGCCGCUGGGGCGGUGCGGCAGCUGCUCCUGAAGAGAAAUUCGCCGUCAGGAGCGUCCACGGCAGACUACUCCCCGCUGGCCGCCCUCCUUCCCUCCGUGCUGGCCCGCCAGGCAGGGGGUGAGGGCAGCGCCCCGAAGCUCACCACCACCACCACCACCAGGAUAGACGCCGCCGGUGGGCUGCUGCCCUACGUGCCGUGUCAAAUAGCUACCUAUGCUGACCCCGCCUCCGCCACCGCCUGCUUUAGGGAGAGGCUGAGAAAGGAUGACUCCUUAUGGAUCUUCUUCAUGGGAGACUCCAAGAUUAGGAAUCUCUUUUAUGAAUUUCUCUCAAGAACUGACGAUGAGCUCCACUACAUGCUCAAACUUCCUGUAAGUCUCAAAGACUAUCGAUUAAUUACAUUUGUUAAAAAAAAUGUGUUUAAGCUGUUUAUAAUGACAAAAUUAUCACAAAGCUCUAAAGCAAACCCUAAUCUGAGGCAACGUCUUAAAAGGUUUCGGAAGUUCGAAAACGCAGCCGUGGCAGAUAUGAGGAGCAGCGCGGAGGUGCGGCAGCUGGCUCGGUGGGCGGCGGGGCAGGAGGCGUCGCCACACCUGCUGGUGCUGGGCUACUCGUCGUGGAUGGCUUACAGCAUGAAUUUUGAGAAUGGUUCGUUCCUGCAUGAUGCCCUCGACUUCCUUAAGGACAUGCACAAGGUGGUGGUGCCUCUUCUGCAGCAGGUCGGUCAGCGAACUCGAGUGGUCGUAACGUCCCAGAGCAGGUAUAAGACUUGCGCAGAUGAUGGAAAGAGAGUGAUGGAAAGAGCAUUUCUUGCCGACCCAAACUAUGACUGGAGCGAGGCAGCGUUCCUGCACUAUCUGCGGCGGCACCCUCAGCAGCCGGCACAACCUUCACCGCCACGUGCAUCCUCUGCGAGGGUCACGAAGGAACGAGGGAGCCGCCGCGGCGGCGCAGGUCCCCGAGACCACCUGGUACCCGGGUCGGACGACGGAGGAGUGUGGUGGUGGGACACGAUUCUGCCGCUGAGCCUGGCGGAGAGCAGCGAGUGUGAGGAGCUGUUCCACAGCGGUCUGGCACAUCUCUCUCUGUACAUCAACGAAUUCUUCAGGUGUACAGACGACAUCCACUCGGGUACCGUCACCCUGGGGGACCAGGUCACGAUGUUGCUCAACCUGGUGUGCAACUCCGUGUUGGGGAGACGCGAGGGGCUGUGCUGUGGGUAACGCGAGGGACCCAGCAAAAAGGCCUGGGAGGGGGUGGCUGUGUUGUGGUUGACGCAAGGGACUCAGCUAGCUAGCUAGAUAGAUAUAGAUAGAUACAGAUGGAAGGAUGGAUAGACAGUUAGAGAGAAAAACUGAUAAAAAGUCGGAUGGCUGAAUAAACAAGCGUCUGGCUGAUGGAUUGUUUGAAAAAGACAAAUAAAUACCUUGGAAAGCUAGCAGGUCAGUGGUCAGCGCAGGGAGGUGUAGAACGGCGGAUUUCCUUCCACGACGACUACUUAGUUUCAACCAUCGCCGAAUGCCUUAAGGUCGCAAUUUCUCCAUAUUUUGUCUGUCUACCUUUUCUUUGUCUUUAAUUCCUUCUAGUUGAUGGACUGGGUCAAACAUGAGCCGAGCAGCAAGAAGAAUAUGUAUAAUGAGGAACAAAUCGGCCCGCGUCGAAAAACAGGCUUGGCGCACGACCAGUGGCCCUCCAGAUGCUUACGGGAGCGCCCGACCACACGACGGAACAAAAAACACAGAGGCAAGCCACCAACCAGUGAAAGGACGCGGUGGUUACGAAAUGGUUCUUCUUCCUGAAUUUUCUUAUUUUCUACUUAAUUCUUUCA